AUGCUCUUGGAGGAGAAUGAGGAGGACAACGAUGACCUUGUAAUUUUGGAGGAAAGAGCCUUGGUUCCCAAGCCCCAGCGCAACAACUCGGAUUCCAUGCUAAUGCUUGACCACGAGGCGUUUGCGGCCUAUAAUAUGUUCAAUGUCAACAACCCAGAAGAGGAGCAAGAUAUUUCUUUCGAAAUCAACCUGAAAAUCAAUCCUAUCAAGAAGCAAAGAACAAAUUCAUUACCCCAGCUUCCUCAGGCAAGAUGCUUUUACAAUAAGCUCCCAAAUAACUACAUUCUACAAACCCCAAAGUUAGGAAAUAUCAAAACGAAUGUAAUUCCCCACCAACUCAAUCUUCCACCUUGUGAUGAUGAUAGUGGCCACUACAUUGUGAAUCCAAACGAGCUGUUUGCUAACCGUUUUGUGAUUAUCAAACUUUUGGGCCAAGGGACUUUUGGGAAAGUUGUUCAAUGCUAUGAUAAGGUUAAUCGUGAACAUGUUGCUAUUAAAAUUAUUAGAAAUAUCAAAAAGUAUCGCGAUGCUGCUAGAAUCGAAUUGAGAGUGCUUUCCACCUUGAAAAAGUUUGAUAACGAAAAUAUCAAUCAUUGCAUCCAUUUGCGUGAAUGCUUUGACUUCAGAGGUCAUAUAUGUAUCGUGACAGAUUUAUUAAAGAUCUCACUUUACGAUUUCUUGGAAAAUAACCGGUUCAUUGCCUUCCCAGGGUCUCAUGUACAAGCAUUUGCUAAACAACUAAUAAGAUCAGUGACUUUCUUACAUGAUCUUAAUUUAAUUCAUACAGACUUAAAACCAGAGAAUAUUUUGCUUCAUGAUGACUCCUAUUCCAAGAAGAAUUUGUUUAGCUCAACUUUGGGUGCUUCUUUUCUUCACUUGUCUGAUAAGGAUAGCCUAAAGAAAAUGGGUGAAAAAUUUACUUCUAAAAAAGUUCCCAAAUAUCUGAAGAUUCUCAAAAACCCAUUGAUACAAGUGAUAGACUUCGGAAGUGCUAUCUUCAACGAUGAAUACCAUUCCCUGAUUGUUUCAACACGCCAUUACCGUGCUCCUGAGAUUGUACUUGGAAUAGGCUGGUCCUUUCCCUGUGAUAUGUGGUCGAUAGGGUGUAUUUUGGUGGAGUUAAUAAUUGGAGAGCCAUUGUUCAAGACACAUGACAACUUGGAGCAUUUGGCAAUGAUUGAAAAAGUGUGUGGUUACCCGAUAGACAAAUCAAUGGUGAAAACCCUGAAAGCUAACUCGAACGAAUGUGGUUUAGAUUACUUCACCGACGAGUAUGUUUCUCUGCAAACACCUGAAAGUAACAAUGACGAUGACGACGAUGUGAUAAUAGAUGAUGAAUCCACCAUGCUUCAUUCAUUGACAUUAAAGUUCCCCUCGAGGGACACUCCUUCGAAAUUUGUGGAGAGUGUGGACGAUUUGCAAAGAAUUGAUUUAUUCAUAAGUUCAAGGAUCGGACUUGAUAUUGAUUUUGACAAGUCUUUGUCAUCGAAUUAUCAAAACAACAAACACUUGAUCAACUUUGGAAACUUCACCUUUUGGUGGUUCUUGAUAGACUUACUCAAAAAGUUGUUUCUGAUCAAUCCAGAAGAUCGUAUCACGGCCGUCGAUGCCUUGAAUCAUCCAUGGUUCAAUUUGGGUAUUGAGGACGAGGGAACAAUAUGA